AUGAAAAUCCAGCUCCUACUCCUGCUGGCCCUGGCCGGACCCCUCUUCAGCGUUGCUAACGCAACUUCCACCCUGCCCAAAAGGCAACCGCCGCUCUCGAAGUCGCCGCCGAGGAACCCCGUCGCGCCCGAAGAGGAAGCUCCCGUUGCCACGGACGCGCCGGCCGAAGCCGAAGCCGCGCCCGCAGCCGAAGCCACUGAAGCCGCUCCGGAGGAAACCGCAGCCGUCGAAGAGGCGGCCGUCGAAGAGGCGGUGACGGAGGCCCCGGUCGCUGCUGAAGAGGCGGAGGUAGAAGUGGCCCCGGCCGAGGUCGCUCCUGAGGAACCGGUCGCCACCGACGCCCCCGUAGAACCCGCCGCAGAACCGGAGGCAGAACCGGAGGCGGAACCCGCAGCGGAACCCGAGCCUGAGCCAGCAGCAGAACCUGCGCCAGAGGAGCCUGCCGUAGAACCCGCCGCAGAACCCGCCGCAGAACCGGAAGCAGAACCGGAAGCAGCAGCAGCAGAGGAGGCACCUGAGGGGGAUGUGACGGUGGAGGAAGAAGGGAUGGGCUCAGGCCAGGUCGUGGGGAUUGUGAUUGGUGCUCUGAUUGCUGUGAUUGUGGUCAUCGUGAUCAUCGUGGUGGUUGUGCGGAGGAUGGGCCAGUACUCGUAA